AGCUCACUCCUUGACGUAACUGAGCAGAGAAGAAACCGGGAAGGUUGUAAGAGUACACCGGCCUUGUCGGUUUUUGCUAUUUUCUCUUCAGAUAAAAAUGGCUAAAUGGGGUGAAGGUGAUCCUAGGUGGAUCGUAGAAGAGAGAGCUGACGCCAAAAAUGUAAAUAAUUGGCACUGGACUGAAAAGAAUGCUACUCCUUGGUCCAAAGAAAGGUUAAAGUCACUUUUAAAAGAUUUAGAAAUUGAAACAGAUGAAGGAAAAGCUAAAAUAACUGAGGUUACCAAAAUCGAUGGAGAAGCCUACGCCAACAACAGAAAAGCAAAACUAAUAUUUUUCUAUGAGUGGGUUAUUACACUUGAAUGGACAGGAACUAUAAAAGACGAUGACAAAGUAUGGAAAGGAAAAAUAGAAAUUCCAAAUCUAAGUGAAGAAAAUGAUGCACAUGAAGUAAAUGUGGUAGUGACAGCUGACAAGGAUUCAGAAGCAAGUUACAAAUUAAAACAACUUAUAAGAUCUGUUGGUACAGGUCUGAUCCGAGAGAAGAUGGGGCAGUAUAUCAAGGAACUCAGACAAGGUUCUUGCUUCUUACACAUAAUGUAAAUUACAAAUUGUCAUUGAUCUUAAGACAAUAAGCCCAGCCUACAUUAUUACUCCCAGUUGUGUGUAGUGACAGGAGAUGUUGGUGUUUAGCACAUCCACUUCAUGAGAAUUGCACAAGGGUCAAGCUUGUAUCAGGGUUUGAGCCAGGCCGCGCCAUUGUGCCAAUCCCGCACUGCAAUU